GUCUCUUGUAGCUAACCUCGCUGCUGCUAAUUGCUAUAAGAAGGAAAAGCAUCUUGAUUUGGAGAAGAACUGGAAGUUGGUGGAAAAGGCCAAAGUUUAUUAUAUAGCAGGGUUCUUCUUGACGGUGUCACCAGAAGCAGUAUUAAAAGUGGCUACUCAGGCUUCUGCAAACAACAAGGUCUUCAGCUUGAAUCUUUCUGCACCAUUUAUUAGCCAGUUCUACAAAGAGCCUAUGAUGAAAGUCAUGCCUUAUGUCGAUGUCCUUUUUGGAAAUGAGACGGAAGCUGCCACUUUUGCUAGAGAGCAAGGCUUUGAGACUGAAGACAUUAAAGAGAUAGCCCGGAAGACACAAGCCCUGCCAAAGGUGAACACUAAAAGGCAACGAAUCGUAGUCUUUACCCAGGGGAAAGAUGACACUGUGAUGGCUACAGAAAAUGAAGUGUCUACUUUCCCUGUGUUAGUGAGUGAUCAGAGUGAAAUUGUGGAUACCAAUGGAGCUGGAGAUGCGUUUGUUGGAGGCUUUCUCUCACAGCUCGUCUAUGACCGGCCGGUGACCGAGUGCAUCCGGGCUGGACAUUACGCAGCCAGCGUAAUUAUCAAGCGUUCAGGUUGCACCUUCCCAGAGAAGCCUGACUUCCACUGAUACUGGUGAAUUGGAGGGAUCAAGAGUAACUCCUAUGUUGCCAUGGGAUUGCUGCCUAAAUUUUUCCUCCUUCCCUUUCCUCACCUUUCCAAUUACCUGCAUCAACGCUUCUGUACUUCUGUUCAUCGUAUUCUAAACAAAAUGUAUAUUUCUAUGGUGUUUUCCUUUUCAUACUACUACAAUGUCUCAGUAGUCUUAACUUUUGGAAACAGUGCUAAGUGAAGUUUAUUCUCUCAUCCAUCAGGAAAAAUUGUUCUAUUUACACAGUUUAUAAGGAAGUCCCAAGUAAGUGACACUGCUGAUUAACACCAUUAAAAUACUUCUGUUGAAUUAUCUAGUUUGUAUCCAGCUGUGGCCAAAUCCUGCUCAACUUACGUGAAAUCAACAGACCUGGCUUUAUUUGUCACUUAACAUUAUAAACCAAGGAUUGUUCUUUCUAUAUAGUGGAGUCACACAAGUGUAGAGAGUGGUGUAAAUGUCCCAAGAAUUUGCUUACAUAUUUGAGUGUGCAAGAUCUGGCCAUCAGGUGCAGCCCAGGUUCCGCGCAAGUGAAUAGCUAUUUGGUCAGUAACUUAAGGACCUGAUC